AUGUCCCUCCCAAUCCUCUUCACCAUCCCCCCCUCCAACCGCCACGAGUUCCUCGUGCUAGACGGCACCAGCAAGCCGACGCUAAAAGCGCUGAACAAGCAAGUGACGAGCACGCUAGCGUCGUCGCCCAACUGCGCCGAGUUCAUGGGCAAGUACAAAGCGUCGGGAGGGGCGAGCCAAGAGGUGAUUCAGGAGUUCAGGGUGCACUGGAGCAGCAAGGAGUACGAUUACAAGGUGUGGCCUGAGUUUACCGUGGUUACGGAGGAGAAUCUGGGCGCGGUGCUGGAGCUGCUGCAGCGGGAGCCGAAGAGUGGGGUUUUGGAGAUCAAGGUGGGCAAGGCGGAGUGA